UUUAGUUCAGCAUGCACAGACGGCCAACCAUAUGAAAAAUAUAAGUUCAUUUAGCAACAAAGUCACUGACGUUAAUGACAAUAUUUGUGAUAGUAGUAAUUCUAAUUUUUCUGUAUAUUCUGACGUAGCCAGUACUAGUAAUAGUAAUAAUAAUGAUAAUAGUAAUUUACCUCAUAAGGAUAAAGUUAAACGUGCCGAAAUUAAAUUAUCAGCUUUUUUUGCAGAGCAUAACGUAGCUUUUUGUGCGGUAGAGCAUUUAGUUCCAUUAUUAAAAAACGUUUGCACUGAACCCGAAGUUGUACAGGAUCUUUCACUUGCCCGGCAUAAGUGCACUAAAAUAGUAAAAAAUGUUAUUGCUAAACGCGAAGUUGAGAAAAUUGUAGAAUGUUUAAGAACAUGUAAAUUCUCCGUUUUAAUUGAUGAAAGCACAGAUAUUUCCGAUAGGAAAUUAAUGUGCAUAGUUGUCAAAUACGUAUCGCCAAUAUCUCGUAACGUCAACACACAACUACUAGAAUUAUUGUCUCUUGACAGUACAGAUUGUUCCGCGAGUAAAAUUUUUGAAACUUUUAAACAAUUUUUCACGAAUAAAGCAAUACCUUUAAAAAAUAUUGUUGGAUUAGCAUGCGAUAAUGCAUCCGUUAUGGUCGGAUGCAAUAACUCUUUUAUGACCUUUCUUAAAAUUGAAGUACCGGAAUUAAUAACUUUAAAAUGUAUAUGCCAUUCUUCCGCGCUUAUAGCCAGUCACGCUUGUGAUCAAUUGCCUUCUGCUUGCGAAAAAUUAGUUCGCGGAGUUGCUACUUAUAUUUCGGGCAGUGCAAAGAGAUGUGCAAUUUUGAUUGAAUUCCAAGAUUUCUUCAAAGUUCAACGGCUCAAAAUUUUGAAAUUGUCAAACACGAGGUGGCUUUGUUUGCAAAAAUGCGUUGUUAGACUUCUUGACAAUUGGGACGUUUUAAAAAGUUUUUUCAUUUUAGCAGUAGUAGAAGAUAAAUUAAACUCUGCCGAAAAUAUUUUAGAAUAUUUGAAUGAUCCCACAAUUAAAGCCUAUUUACUUUUUUUA